GAUAUCAAAUUUUGCAGUUUGCUGUCAAUCAUUUAUUCUGGAUCUAUAUUGACAAACUAGGAAUGGAAACACCACUUUCUCGUAAAAGGUUAAAAAAAAAUAUUGUGUCAUGCCGCUAUCAUCCUGAAGCAUUGUUAGUUGAAGAUUAUAGAGCUGGAGAUAUGGUAUGCUCAGAAUGUGGUUUGGUUGUUGGAGAUAGAAUAGUUGAUGUAGGAAGUGAAUGGAGGACAUUUAAUAAUGAAAAAUGUGUUAGUGAUCAAUCCAGAGUUGGAGAUGCAGAAAAUCCAUUGCUAGAUGGAGGUGAUCUAUCCACCAUGAUAGGUCCAUCAUCCUCUUCCGCUUCUUUCACAGAAUUUGGGACAGUAAAAUAUGGAAACAACCGGAGAAUCAUCAGUAGUUCCGAUAGAAUUCUUAUCAAUGCUUUCAGGGAAAUCAGGAAUAUGGCCGAUCGAAUUAAUCUGCCAUCUUCAUUAGUGGAUAGGGCCGACGCUUUAUUUAAACAAGUUCACGAAGGACAAGGGCUUAGAGGUAGGAGUAACGAUUCCAAAGCUGCUGCCUGUUUGUAUAUUGCUUGUAGGCAAGAAGGUGUCCCUAGAACUUUUAAAGAAAUUUGUGCUACCAGUCAAGUGUCCAAAAAGGAGAUAGGUAGAAGUUUUAAAUUGAUUCUCAAACAAUUGGAAACCAGUGUUGAUUUGAUAACGACAGGAGAUUUUAUGAGUCGCUUUUGUUCCAACCUUGGCCUUCCACUCAAAGUUCAGAAAAUGGCCACUUGUAUAGCCAGGAGAGCUGUUGAAUUCGAUCUUGUUCCUGGUCGAAGUCCUGUAUCAGUAGCGGCUGCCGCAAUAUACAUGGCAUGUUCGGUCUCUGAUGAUAAGAAAACCCCUGCUGAAAUAGGUGGAAUUGCAGGUGUUGCUGAAGUUACAAUAAAACAAAGUUAUAAGUUAUUACAUUCAAGAGCCAGAGACCUAUUUCCCGACGAUGUUAAAGCCAAUAUACCUUAUGAAAAUUUGCCAUCGCCCUAAAAAAUAUAUAACAAAUUUUUCGUAAAUUACGAAUUAUUAUUGAACGUGAAGCAAAAUGGAAUAUUUUUUAAUGCCAAAACGUAUAUUACCCAAUGUCAAAUUCUCGGCCACCUAAUAUUUUUCAAACUUAAAACAUUUUCAAAUUACAAAAAAAAUUAUGUCAGACAUUUUAUUUUGUAAAAUAUUAAUUAAUUUAUUAU